UUUUAGAUCACUUCAUUUGAGACAACAUGGCUGCUGCUGCAGGCCAUUAUUACGGCGACGGAGGCAGAGCAACAAAAAGACAAAAAACAGAUAGUGACGGAAUGGACACGGAGGGUUAUAAUGACCCGCACAAGACCUUGCCCUCGCUUGUAGUGCAUGUGAGGGGGCUCAUUGACGGCAUUACCGAGGCUGACCUAGUGGAGGCGCUGCAGGAGUUUGGCACCAUCAGUUACGUUGUGUUAAUGCCAAAGAAACGUCAGGCUCUGGUGGAGUUUGAGGACAUGAACGGUGCCAGUAAUGCAGUGACUUACGCUAACAAUAAUCAGAUCUACAUUGCUGGCCGGCCAUCCUACAUCAAUUACUCCACCAGUCAGAAAAUCUCUCGGCCCACUGAUUCCGAUGAUACACGGAGCGUCAACAAUGUGCUUCUCCUCACCAUCAUGAACCCCAUCUACCCCAUUACCACGGAUGUUCUGUACACCAUUUGUAAUAAUUGUGGACCCGUGCAAAGGAUUGUGAUUUUCAGGAAGAAUGGAGUUCAAGCCAUGGUCGAAUUUGACUCGGUCCAGAGUGCGCAGAGGGCCAAAGCGUCUCUAAAUGGAGCAGACAUCUACUCUGGCUGCUGCACCCUGAAAAUUGAGUAUGCCAAGCCAACACGUCUCAAUGUCUUCAAAAAUGAUCAGGAUACUUGGGACUACACCAACCCCAAUCUCAGUGGCCAAGAUGCCGACGCAGACGGCAAUUGGAACAAUUCACAAGAUCCUAAUGCUAACCCGAACAAGCGGCAGAGGCAGCCUGCUCUCCUGGGGGAUCAUCCACCUGAAUAUGGUGGUCCUCAGGGUGGCUACGGUCACUAUGAUGACACCUAUGGACCACCACCUCCACCCCCUCAUUAUGAGGGCCGGCGUAUGGGGCCUCCAAUUGGUCGUGGUCGUGGUGUACCCCGCUACGGUGGGGCACAGUAUGGACACGGGCCGCCUCCCCCGGACUACAAUGCUCAUGCUGAUUCUCCUGUGGUCAUGGUGUACGGCCUGGACCCCGUCAAGAUCAAUGCAGACAGAGUCUUCAACAUAUUCUGUCUGUACGGCAAUGUGGAAAGGGUGAAAUUUAUGAAGAGUAAACCAGGCGCUGCGAUGGUGGAGAUGGGAGACUGUUAUGCAGUGGAUCGAGCCAUUUCUCACCUUAACAACACCAUGCUCUUUGGACAAAAACUCAAUGUUUGUGUAUCCAAACAACAGGCCAUAAUGCCGGGUCAGUCAUACCAGCUGGACGAUGGCAGCUGUAGCUUCAAAGAUUUCCAUGGCUACCGAAACAACCGUUUCACCACUGCUGAACAGGCUGCCAAGAACCGCAUCCAGCAGCCCAGCAACGUCCUGCAUUUCUUCAACAGUCAGCCAGACAGCUCGGUGGAAGCGUUCAGUCAGAUUUGUGAGGAGUUGGAAAUCAAGAGUCCAGUCACCGUCAAACUGUUCACUGGCAAAGUCGACAGAAGCUCCUCUGGUCUGUUAGAGUGGGAGUCAGUGAAUGAUGCUAUGGAGGCUCUUGCUUUGAUGAACCACUACCAGAUGAAAAACCCUAGUGGACCUUACCCAUACACUCUUAAAUUGUGUUUUUCAACCGCACAGCACGCCAACUGAACUCAUACCGACCACUAACCAUUGACUCCCACUGACGUUUUGAUCCCAGCACCAUAGCUUGUCUUAAUUCAUUAUCUAAAAGAAAUGGGACUAAGAUUACCUUUAUUUCCAGACAACUGGACUCGACCUUUUGUAUCAUUGUUUAAUUUUUAAUUAUUAUUUUUUUUAUUGAUAUUAAUAAUUUUUUUUCAGUUGGCUGUUCUUGUAUUACAGUACAUUUGUGUGAAAAUGUAUUCAAUUAGUAAAGACGUCAUUGUGAA